AUGACCUUCGUGUUCAUCUUGACGCUUGGGGUGCUUCUGUUCCUAAGAACCGGGGCCCAGUCGGUGACCCAGCCUGAUGCCCACGUCACUGUCCCUGAAGAAUCCCCUCUGGAGCUGAGGUGCAACUACUCUUCUCUUCGGCCCUAUCUCUACUGGUACGUGCAGUACCCCAACCAAGGCCUCCAGCUUCUCCUCCAGUACGUAUCAGGGAACACCAAGGUUCAAGGUAUCAAAGGUUUCAAGGCUGAACUUAAGGACCGUGAAACCUCUUUCCACCUGAAGAAACCCUCAGCCCAUUGGAGCGACUCAGCUGUGUACUUCUGCGCUAUCCCCCCAAAUUCCAAAUCAAUGUCUACAGCAACACAGCUCACAAGUUUUUCUGAUAGUCAAAUACAGUUUCAGAGGCAAAUGUUAAGGUAUGUGAAUAAGCCCUUUUCCCUGAGCCUAAACGGUGUGACAGGCGCAGUGGUGGAGCUGAGGCCCCCGGCCCUGAGUCUCCAGGAGGGAUCCAGUUCCACGCUGCAGUGCAAUUUUUCCACCUCUACGACUAAUGUGCACUGGUAUCGCCAAGAUCCUGGGGGCCGCCUCAUCCACCUGUUUUACAUUCCUUCAGGGACAAAGCAGAAUGGAAGAUUAAACUCUACGACAGUCGCUAAGGAACGCCGCAGCUCACUGUACAUUUCCUCUUCCCAGACCACAGACUCAGCCACUUACUUCUGUGCGGUGGAUCCACAGUGCUCCCCAGGCGCCCGCAGCUUGUGCACAAACCCUCAGCUGGGCUGGGCUCCUCCUCCAGCCGCCUUCAGAUCAGGAGCCCGCCGCACAGCAUCUGUACAGCUUUACCACUCCUUACCGUAUCUGCAGAGUUGGAACCAGAUGCUUGUUUGUCCUACAGAUUUGGGACUUUGGUCUUCAUCUUCCCUUCUCAAUCUGGUGUCUCUUUUUCUGUACUAUAAACCUCUAGCUUGGAACACGCAGAGUAGCUAA